CACAUGACUUAGGAUUUACGCUUUAGGACAUGGAUGAAUCUGCACUGACCCUUGACACCAUAGAUGUUUCUUACCUCCCUAAUUCAUCAGAAUACAGUGUUGGCUCAUGCAAGCAUGCAAGUGAGGAAUGGGGUGAGUAUGGCUUCAGACCUACUGUCUUCAGAUCUGCAACCUUAAAAUGGAAAGAAAGCCUGAUGAGCCGGAAAAGGCCAUUUGUCGGAAGAUGUUGUUAUUCCUGUACUCCCCAGAGCUGGGAUAAGUUUUUCAACCCCAGUAUCCCGUCUUUGGGCUUGCGGAAUGUUAUUUAUAUCAAUGAAACUCACACAAGGCACCGGGGAUGGCUGGCAAGGCGUCUUUCUUAUGUGCUUUUUGUUCAAGAGCGAGACGUCCAUAAAGGCAUGUUUGCCACCAACGUUACAGAAAAUGUCCUGAACAGCAGUCGAGUGCAAGAUGCCAUUGCAGAAGUGGCUGCUGAAUUAAACCCUGAUGGUUCUGCUCAGCAGCAGUCAAAGGCCAUCAGUAAAGUGAGAAAGAGAGCCAAAAGGAUCCUCGAAGAAAUGGUUGCCACUGUUUCACCAGCAAUGAUAAGACUGACUGGAUGGGUGCUGCUAAAACUGUUCAAUAGCUUCUUUUGGAACAUUCAAAUUCACAAGGGUCAACUAGAGAUGGUUAAAGCUGCAACCGAGACGAAUUUGCCGCUUAUAUUUCUACCGGUUCAUAGAUCACACAUUGACUACCUGCUGCUCACCUUCAUUCUCUUCUGCCAUAACAUCAAAGCACCAUACAUCGCUUCGGGCAACAAUCUCAACAUCCCCAUCUUCAGCACCUUGAUCCAUAAGCUUGGGGGCUUUUUCAUACGACGGAGGCUGGAUGAAACGCCGGAUGGACGGAAGGAUAUUCUCUAUAGAGCUCUGCUCCAUGGGCAUAUAGUGGAACUACUUCGACAGCAGCAGUUCUUGGAGAUUUUUCUGGAGGGCACACGCUCCAGGAGUGGAAAAACCUCCUGCGCUCGGGCAGGACUUUUGUCAGUUGUGGUGGAUACUCUGUCUUCUAAUACCAUCCCAGACAUCUUGAUAAUACCCGUUGGAAUCUCCUAUGAUCGUAUUAUUGAAGGUCACUACAAUGGUGAACAGCUGGGGAAACCUAAGAAGAAUGAGAGCCUUUGGAGCGUGGCCAGAGGCGUUAUCAGAAUGUUACGGAAAAACUAUGGGUGUGUCAGAGUGGAUUUCGCACAGCCCUUCUCCUUAAAGGAAUAUUUAGAAAGCCAAAGUCAGAAACCGGCGACUGCCCCACUUUCUCUGGAACAAGCUUUGCUACCAGCUAUACUUCCUUCAAGACCCAGUGAUGCUGCUGCUGAAGGUACUGACACAUCCACUAACGAGUCCAGCAGUGCGACAGAAGAGUCAUUCCGUAGAAGUCUGAUUGCGAACCUGGCUGAGCACAUACUCUUCACUGCUAGCAAAUCCUGUGCCAUUAUGUCAACACACAUCGUGGCCUGCCUGCUCCUCUACAGACACAGGCAGGGAAUCGAUCUCUCCACCUUGGUGGAGGACUUCUUCGUGAUGAAGGAGGAAGUCCUGGCCCGAGAUUUUGACCUGGGAUUCUCAGGAAAUUCCGAAGAUGUGGUCAUACAUGCCAUACAGCUGCUGGGAAAUUGCAUCACAAUCACCCACACCAGCAGGAAUGAUGAGUUUUUUAUUACUCCCAGCACGACUGUCCCAUCAGUCUUUGAACUUAACUUCUACAGCAAUGGGGUCCUGCACGUCUUUAUCAUGGAGGCCAUCAUAGCCUGCAGCCUUUACGCAGUUCUGAACAAGAGGGGUGCAGGCGGGCCUGCCGGCGGGCCCCCCACCUUGAUCAGCCAGGAGCAGCUGGUGCGGAAGGCGGCCAGCCUGUGCUACCUGCUGUCUAAUGAAGGCACCAUCUCUCUCCCAUGCCAGACGUUUUACCAAGUCUGCCAUGAGACAGUAGGGAGGUUCCUCCAGUACGGCAUUCUCACGGUGGCAGAGCAAGAUGAACAGGAAGAUAUCAGUCCUGGUCUUGCUGAGCAGCAGUGGGAAAAGAAGCUUCCUGACCCCCUGUCCUGGAGAAGCGAUGAGGAAGAUGAAGACAGUGAUUUCGGGGAGGAGCAGCGAGACUGCUACCUGAAGGUGAGCCAGUCCAAGGAGCACCAGCAGUUCAUUACCUUCUUGCAGCGGCUCCUGGGCCCUUUGCUGGAGGCCUACAGCUCCGCCGCCAUCUUCAUCCACAGCUUCAGCGACCCUGUUCCGGAGCCUGAGUACCUGCAGAAGCUGCACAAAUACCUCAUCACCAGAACAGAGAGAAACGUUGCCGUUUAUGCUGAGAGCGCCACAUACUGUCUCGUGAAGAAUGCCGUGAAAAUGUUUAAGGAUAUUGGGGUUUUCAAAGAGACCAAACAGAAGAGAGUAUCUGUUUUAGAACUCAGCAGCACUUUCCUACCUCAGUGCAACCGGCAAAAACUCCUAGAAUAUCUUCUGAGCUUUGUGGUGCUGUAGGUGCCGCCUGCAGCUCCGGCAGGUGAAGGGCAUGGACGGGCCCCUCGUGGGCUCCAGCCUCUGGUUCGAAGUGGAAGGUGCGUCGUGCAGCCAGGCCUGACCUGUCCUGAUGUGACCUCCCGGAUACAAGUGCCUUCUCCCCUCUGAGGAUCUGUGACCGUCCCAACUCUGAGGUGACAGAGCAGCCUGCAGAUAAACACUCUGGGGCCCCGGCCUCCGUUUGCAAUUCCUAAUCAGUAGAUGACAAAAUGAAAUCUCAAAGUGAUUUUGGAGUUUAUUAAAGAUUUACGUUUUAAGUAUCUGUUAAGGACUAAUUACUGUGAAGGACACAGAAUGUAGCUGUGUUCUAGACCGAACCUAGUGUGGUGUACUUAAUGCUGUCGGGUUCAUUGGUGUAUUUUUUGAUUAACAGUUAAUCUUCCUUUAGAAACAGUUGAGUCAUCCAUUUACUGUUUUUUUCUUUCAGUUUUAUCUUUGUCAGUAGAAGGUAAAUUUUAAGUGGGAUCCUUUUAUCCCAAAGGGCUUUGUGGAAGAAUGGGCUGGUGUACAUCACACCCAGGUGUCCCGGUGCUGGCCUGUGCAGUCAGACGUAGGGAGUGCUAAAUGGAAAUGCGUUAGAUUAGGUCAGGGGUGGAGAUAGCAUGACCAAAUAUCUAGCACCAGAAAUACCUGUGGCUGGGAAGGUUCAAGGUGAAGUUGGCCAGAAAACUGACUUUGAAAACUUCUGCUCAGAUAAAGUACCAUUGAAUUUUAAAUGGCCACAAGUAUUUAGGGGCACUUUUGUUUCAUGUCUGUACCCUUUCCCACCCCUCAGGUGGUCCCUGCCUCUCACAGGUAUAGCCAUUUGUUGGAGACCCUCCAGCCAAGUAGCCGCUGUCCUAACUUGAUUGCCUCAGCCUGGGAGACUGUUGGCAGGAAGUGCCCCGGCUGCAGGCUGCUGACCCAGGGCUCCCUGUGCUACACCAGCUGUGUGCUGAGCCUGGUCCAGUGCCUGGUACCCACUUGAGUUGUGCAAUGUGCAGCCUGUGUGGGCUUCGUGGGGGCCUGCUGACGGGUGAAUGGUUGGAGGCAUUUAUGGAUCUUUAGCUUGAGGGAAAACCAUGGUUCUUUAGAAAUUUAACAGGUUACGUGCCCCAACCCCAAUGCCACGUAGUGGCAAAUCAUUAUGAAAACUUGUCUGUUCAUACAGAGGUGCCUUUCUGUGAGCGAGGAGCUUAGUGUUCAUCAAUUGUGCUAAUUCUGAUUUCUUAAGAUCAAGUGAUACUAAAAUGUUUUCUAACAGUUCAUUGUUCUUUUUCUCCAUGUGUUAUGGGAUGAGGAACUUUUCCUAAUGAAUAUUGCAUAUAGUCUUUGAACUUAAUAUGAAAGUACUGAGAAUGAAGUUUGUACUUAAAUAAUCUUGCAUUUUAAAUACUAAUCAUAUCUCAUGAAUAUUCUGUGUUUUGGGAAAGGGAAGGGUACUGACUGAUAUUUCACUUUGAGUGAAAUAUCUGGUUUGAAACUCAUAGCAAUAAGGCCGAGCUGUGCGACCUUCACUCUUCUCAGAUUCCCCAUUUGGGACAUACUGUUUCUGGACAGGAACUCACGUACCACUCGGCCACCGUCAGUGUUGCAGCGGCUCUGGUGCGGAGCGGGGGCUUCAUCUUGCAGCUUCCGUUUCACCAGCUGGGAGUUCGGGCGGAGUGCAUGCGGAGGCUUCCAUAUCCCCGCGGGCUUCCCUGUCCUGGCCAGCAGACGUUUCACUAGUCUCUCAUUCACUCCCUAAAUGAAAGUUCAAGGUUACUCAGCCUGUCUUUUGUUCUCUGAAACGCCAAGGCUGGCACUGGCUGCUCGUGGCUGCCGUCGCCCUGCUUGUGAAUCUGCUAGAGCUGCGCUGCUGGGCCAGCCAGAGCGGGGACAGCUGCUUCUCUGGCUCCAUUUCCCCUUCCCGCUGGUUCACUUUCUAGAAAUCUAAUCAGAUGCUCUGGGGAGUGUGGUGUAUGGUCCACUAGCGCUCUCACCACUUAACUCACUGUGAGGAUAAAUAUGCACGCUUUUUUGUAAUUAACUGGUGCUUUGAAAACCUUCUUUAAGGAAGGAAAAUCUCAACCAAAGUUAUGCUCACCCAGACCAGCUGACCCUCGAGCUAACCUUAGCACAGCUCACUCUUCAGUGCCUCUUGCGAGAACACCCGCGUCAUCACAGGGCUUCCCGAUGGCAGUUUCGCUUAAAGAUUUAUUCAUUGUUUUCCCAAAGCGAAUGGCUUCCACGUAAGAUUAAACAAACUAGGUGCUUGUAAAUAAUUUAUUACAGUUUACUCUUGCAUUUCUCUGAACCUGAAAUGCUUGCCCUCCAGGGAAAGACUGAGUCAGGUUAAAAUCAAACAAAGAAAACUCCCAAUAAUAAACAGUGUGAAACUGCGCCCUUUCAGAAUGGGAGUGCUCCAUGUCAUUCAGAAGAAGGGAAGGAGUCUUUGAUCUCUUAGGUUUUAAGGACACCAAAGGGCAAGAACUAGUGUGGGAUGUGUAGAACUGGUGACAAACACCAUGUGGAAGGGCCGUGACCGUCAGCUGGCUGUGGCAUUUCCCUCCCCCGGGGGGAAACGCACUGCGUCUCCCUAGUCCUCAGGGUGGUGAGUGCGCUGUGUGACGUCCACCGGUGUCCUGCAGAAGAAAGUGUCCCUGGCAAAGCAAAUUUGGACAUGGAUCCUCUUUCCUGGAAACUCACCGUGCACUUCAGCGCAGUGAGGGCUCAGGCUCUGCGAGGAAGCCUGUUAACCGGCAUUUCCAACCUGUGACCCCGGGACCUUUCCCCCUUCCGGACACCAUUGGGAAACGCCAGGUUAGGCAGCUCUUCAAGGGGAUAACACAGUAACUGACAGAUGGCUGAGGCAGAGUUUGCAUGGAUUUUGUACAAUCAGAUGUUACAUUUAAAGGCUAUAUGUUUCCUCCCCUACAGACAGUGAGCAAAGGCACCUGUAAUAUAGGUGGUCAGAGCCCUUUCUUCCCAUGGAAAGACCAGCUGUCAGUGAUCCUGGGUUUUCACUGAAAGUAGCAAAAUUAACACAAAGAUGAACUGGGGCAAAUAAGACUUUUAUUCAGAUUUAGAAAAAUAUAUUGCACCAUUGAAUGUAGAUUUUUAUCCACAGAUAGUUCUAGUUUAGAAGUGACAGGACCUAUUACUGACGUUUAUAAGACUUCAUUUGGAUGUAAAUCUGUUUUUUAAAGCACUUUUUAGGAAUGAGACUUGGCAUCUGGCAUUUUAGUUUAAUACAAACUAAUGAUUGCAUUUGAAAGAGACUUUUGACUUCAUUUCUAAACACCUAAAGCUCAGAAAUGCCUUGAGGGAAGGUGUUAAAAUGUUUGCCUGUUGUACAAAGAAACACUGACUUGUAAAAAGGAUUUCUCUUACUGUGAAAUAACACUGUGUGAUUUUGUGAGCAACACUUACUUGGAAACAUUAAUUGAUUUUUAUGUCUGUUAAUAAUGUAAGAAGCACAGAAUUGUAGUUUUGUUUUAAUAAAUCAAAAAAUGACUAUAUUCUUGAUGUCUUGAUUUGUAGUUAAAAGUUCCCUACAUAAAAUUCAUUAUACAAACAAUUGUUCUUGUUUGACUUUAUACAGAACUUGAUUAAAAAGCUUAUGAGAACUAA